AUGGCGCUGAGCAUAGGCCACCAGAUCGGAGUCCUCUCCGGCACGCCGGUCGCCGACUGCGGCGCGGCGUCGGCGGCGGAGCAGGCUCCGUCGGUGGUGAAUGCGGCGGCCGUAUGGAGGUGCCCUAACCUGGGUUCUUCGAUCAGGAAGCAGGGAGGGCCCGAGAUCGACGCCAUCUCUACCCCGGUGAGUCCGUGUCGGUCGCCCUUGCUGGGCUCCUCCCUCCCCGGCCUGACGCCUGCCUGCCAGGCUCUGGUCUCCGGCGAUGCUCCGGCGGCGACCGAGGUUGUGAUUGAGCACGAAGGCGCUGCGGUGGCAGCGGGAAAGGCGAGGGGGGUGCCGGUGUACGUGAUGCUCCCCCUGGACACCGUGCGCGCCAGCGGCGGGGGAUUGAAUCGGAAGAAGGCGAUGAACGUGAGCCUGCAAGCGCUGAAGAGCGCAGGGGUGGAGGGGGUGAUGGUAGACGUGUGGUGGGGGCUAGUGGAGAAGGAGCGCCCCGGGGAGUACGACUGGCGCGGCUACACCGAGCUCAUGGAGAUGGCCUCCCGGCAUGGCCUCAAAGUCCAGGCCGUCAUGUCCUUCCACCAGUGCGGAGGCAACGUCGGGGACUCCUGCACGUACGUUGUUGCUCCUCACCCCUUCUUCUUCUUCUUCCUCCAUCCUUUUCCCCUUCUCGGAUCCCGUGAUUUGAGACGGUCUGCUUGUUUCAGGAUACCGUUGCCGGGCUGGGUUGUGGAGGAGAUUGACAGAGAUCAGGAUCUGGCCUACACGGACCAGUGGGGGCGGCGGAACUACGAGUACGUCUCCCUGGGCUGCGACACGCUGCCGGUUCUCAAGGGCCGUUCGCCGGUGCAGUGCUACGCCGACUUCAUGCGCGCUUUCCGCGACCACUUCGCCGCCUACCUCGGUUCCACCAUCGUCGUAAGUUCCUCAUCCCCGUCAAGCCGACUGCCUCAGGAGACGUUUCUCUUCUUCUGUGUGUGUGGAGAGCAGCUUUUCUUAAUGGUGUGUCGUCUUCUUCCUCUUCCUCAGGAGAUCCAAGUCGGGAUGGGCCCCGCCGGUGAGCUCAGAUACCCCUCCUACCCGGAGAUGAAUGGCACCUGGAGAUUCCCCGGCAUCGGCGCUUUCCAGUGCUACGACAAGGUACCCACCUCUCUCUCUUCCAGCUCUUCUUCAUGGACUCUGUCGAAAAGAUCUCCAUCUCACAGUGCUCUUCUACUUCCAGUACAUGAUCGGGAGCUUGAAGGCCGCGGCGGAGGCGGCGGGGAAGCCAGAGUGGGGCCACGGCGGCCCCUCCGACGCCGGCAACUACAACAACUGGCCUGAGGACACUUCGUUCUUCCGCCGCGACGGCGGCUGGAGCGGACCCUACGGCGAGUUCUUCCUCUCCUGGUACUCCCAGCUGCUGCUGGACCACGGCGAGAGGAUUCUCGACAGGGCUUCCGCCAUCUUCCGUGAGCUCCCGGCGGUGAAGAUCUCGGUGAAGGUCGCCGGCAUCCACUGGCACUACGGGACGCGCUCCCACGCGCCGGAGCUGACGGCGGGGUACUACAACACCCGCGAACGCGACGGCUACCUGCCCAUCGCCCGCAUGCUGGCCCGUUAUGGCGCCAUCUUCAACUUCACCUGCGUGGAGAUGAAGGACUACGAGCAGCCCGGGGACGCCCAGUGCGGACCAGAGAAGCUGGUGCGGCAGGUUGCGCAGGCCGCGAGCAAGGCCGGCGUUGCUCUCGCCGGCGAGAACGCUCUCCCCCGCUACGACGAGGGGGCCCACGAGCAGAUCUUGCAGACGGCGGCGAAGGGCGGCGGCGGCGGCGGCGGCGAGAUGAUGUGCGCCUUCACGUACCUGCGGAUGAACCCCGACCUGUUCCAGUCGGAUAACUGGCGGAGAUUCGUCUCCUUCGUGAGGAAGAUGGCGGAGGGGAGGGAGCCACACCGCUGCCUGGAGCAGGUGGAGAGGGAGGCGGAGAUCUUCGUCACCACGACGGGGCUCCCCAUGGAGACCGCCGUCGCCCUCACCCGCCAAUGA